AUGCUAUAUAAAUAGGUAACAAUUUAGUUAUCAAAUUAGUACAUUUCUAACAACCAUGUUAUUCAAAGCUGUAAUUGUUCUCGGGGCUAUAGUUGCCUGCCAAGGCGCUCCUUUCUACCCCCAAAAUGCGGAAGAAGUAAGAACAGCAAUUGAUUUGUUCCGUGAAGCAUCAAACGCUGCAAUGGUAGAAGGAUCCAAAACACUGAAACCUUUGCUUGAUGAAAUCGCAGUUUCCUCCGUCGCAGCAGAAGAGAAAGGUCACGAACUUGUUCAUGAAACAAUGCAGUUGGCCUAUAGGCAAAUCAAUUUGUCCGAAGAAGAAGCUAACAACGAAGGAAUCGAUGCUUACGUAUGCAUUGAUGCUGCAAGGGAAGAACUUCCAAUUUUAUUAAAACGUUUAUCCAAAAUGGUUAUGGACUGCGGUUCGGAUGCUCGUCGUGAAAGCAACGGACUUGUAAAUGAAGUCUUGGAAACUAGUGGAAGCGAAGCUUACUAUAAACGCAAAGGUUAUUACAAUGAAAUGGAUAUUUGCAUCAAGCAGGAGAACGAGGCAUGCUUGAACGAUAUAUUGGCUGUUGUUAAUGAGGAUACUCAAGUAUUCCCUAAAGAACUUCUAAAACGCUUCGAUCAAACCGAAAGUUCUUUGGGAGAUGUCGAAAAAGAUAUGGAUAAAUGCAUCCAAAACGUGUAUGUUGAAGCUUCCGAUUUAACGGAAAAAGUCGUCAUUAAUAUGAAUGAAUGCAUCAAAACCCUAAUUCCAUGAUUUAUAACGUGGUCUAAAUAAACAUAAAAUAAAUAUACAUAAAAAAUGUA